GUGAUCCACCUGCCUCGGCCUCCCAAAGUGUUGGGAUUACAGGCAUGAGCUACCACACCCAGCCCCCUCUAAGAUUUUUAAUAUAUGUCAUGCUGCAGGAUUCCUAUUCUAUCAGAGACUUGUAUUUACAGAGGCAAUGGAUGAAAGGCAAGGAACCAGUGCUAGAAAUAUAAAACCUUUCCUGUGUGGGCUAGGUCCUGGAACAAGGGAAUAUAAGGCCGGAAUUUUACUUUCUACUCUGGAACUGACUUGCCUUUAACUCUGCAAGUUUUACUUUCCUGCUUUAUGUCUGAUAGGCAUAAAAUGCCCACCAUUCUUCUUUCUAACACAGUUAUAAUUUCAUCAAUGGGAUUAGUGAAGGCACUAACAAAAUCUAAAUUCUCCAUAGUAUUGAUCAUCAGGGUGUUCUUUAGUAGUGACUUAAAGAAAAUCAUGCUCUUUGAAAGCAUGUAUGUAAGUAGCCUUGUACAUUGCCCACUGAGAAAAGAUAAUGGAGCCCAAAUCUAGGCUUCUUGUUCCCCUCCUCCCUUUUUUUCCUGGGUGAUUAUACUUUUCAAGGUUAUGUUCUUUCAUAUUCAGUGUUGACCAUGCAAAACUGGUGAACAAGAAUUGGUUCUGGGAUGAUUUGUUCCAGCUAUAAAGUAGAAAGCAUUUUACUAAAAUAAGAUGCUUAGAUUUGUUUGGAUCUACAGUUUACUCUUAACUAAAAUUCCAGGAACUGUUGGUAACAGUCUAGAUUCAUAGCAACCAGUUUUGACAAGAAUUAGAAAGAAACUAAUAAAAUGUUCUCAUUAUAAGGUUCAGGACCAAAUUUGAAGGCUUUCAGGAUUCCAGAAUGGCAAAUGGUAGAGUGAAUGUGAAUAUAUUAGAAAGUCAUGCUCAAUUAUUGUCAUCUUCUAUCCAGUGAAGAAUGUAGUUUAAGCAGGAUGGGUGGGGGCGUCUGACGUCCUCAUUUAUUUCCACCUCUGUAGCUAUUUAAGUGAUGAUCAUUCUUGGUGGUGGUUAAAUUAUGAUGCACGAAAUACUAUCUCCCUAAGGACCUUGCUACAGGGCAGAGGUGAUUACAAGAAAUUGUUGCUGCUGAUGUAAUGUUUCGUAUACCAAGAUUAAACCGCAAGAUGAAGUAAUGUACAUUUUUUUUCCUUUGAAAUGCAGCUGGAGGGAAACCAGGAUAAGAACUAUUGCCAAAUGAAAUAUAAUGCCCCAGGAAAAAAAAGAUACUGUAAAUGUAAAAUCAUUACAAAACUGACCAUCUGGGUUAUAUAUUAAACCACAGCUUUCAAUUUGUUAUGGUUUGAGGAAUGACUUCACAAUAUGUGCCCCUUCCUCCAUACCUUCCUCAACCUCAGGAAAGCAUUCUGUUUUCAUGAGUGUAGCUGGAAAAAAAACUAGCCUUAAAGUUUUGUUUUUAAAAAAGAGUUCCAAUCAAUAGCUCUUAGUAAAGGCACUGUGUUUGCUUACUUCUUUGCAUUUAGUCCUAGUAUAUAGUCUUGUGUUGCUAAUUCCACUUUAGCUGUGGCAAAUAUACCAGUGUGUAGCCACUGGGCCAUGAGAUAAAUUGAAUCAAUGUGGAGGUGACAGUUGAAAAACCUCUGUCUGCCUCAGUUCAGGAAACAAGAGCAUGUUCAACUCACUUUGGGAAACCCCCAGGCAUUAAAAUUCUGGCAUUUUCAUGUUUUGAGAGAACUGAGGAGUAGCCCUGUUUUGAUAAUCAUUUAAAAGUAUUUUACUUAAUUAGAGCAGAAUUUGCUCAGGCAGAAAAUCACAUUUAUAUGGUAGCCAGGCUGUAACACCUCAUAGCUACCCAUUGUCUCUAAUCAGAAUUGACAGCCUGGUGACUGGCUCCAUGCUGGGUGAAGUCCGGCAAACUGCAGGCCCUGGAAGUUCUUAAUCCCAAACCUGGGCUUCCAGUGGAGUUCUUUCUUUUUUUUUUCCAGUGGAGUUCUUCAAUGGGUCUGGCUUUGAAAUACUUCUAUCCUUUCUAGUUUAGAAAAACAAUGGCACAAGAAACCUAUAUGUAAGUCAGCUACCUUUUUGAUAUAUAAUUCACAUACCAUACAAUUUCCCAUUUAAAGGGUAAAAUUCAGUGAUUUUUAGUAUAUUUACAAAGUUGUACAUCCAAAACCACAAUCAAUUUUAGAAUAUUAUAAUUCCCCAGAAAAGAAACCCCUCACUCCUUAGCCUUCACUUCUGUAGUCUCCCCAUCCUCACACCUCUAGGCAACUACUAAUCUACUUUCUGUUUCUAGAGAUUUGUGCGUUCUGAUAAUUUCACAUAAAUGGACAAAUACAGUGUGUGGUCCUUUGUGACUGUCUUCUUGGUUCAUCAUGUUGUAGCAUCAAGCAGUAAUUAAUUUCAUUUUAUUGCUGAAUAACAUUCCAUUGCAUAAAUGUACAAUUUAUUCAUUCAUUGGUUGAUGGACAUUCAGAUUGUUUUCAGUUUUUAACUAUUGCGAAUAAUGCUGCUAUGUUUUGUGUACAACCGUUUGUGCAGACAUAUGUUUUCAUUUCUCAUGGAGUAGAAUUGCUGGUCAUGUGAUAACUCUGUGUUUAAUCAUUUGAGGAAUUGUCAGGCUGCUUUCCAAUGUAACUGCACCGUUUUAUGUUUACACCAGCAAUGUAUGAAGGUUUCAGUUUCUUCACAUCCUUUCCAAAACUUCUUAUAAUCUGUCUUUCUCAAAAUAGCUGUUUUAGCAGGUUUGUGAAGUGUUAUCUCAUUGAAGUUUUAAUUUGCAUUUUCCUAAUGAUUGAUUAUAUUGAUCAUCUUUUUAUCUGCUUAAUUUCUAUUUGUAUAUUUUAUAUGGAGAAAUAUCUAUUCAGAUUCUUUGCUUAUUUGAAAAUUAGAUUACUUGUCUUAAGUUUUUGAGUUAUAAUUUUUCUUUAUAUAGUCUAGGUACAAGUCGUUUAUCAGUGACAGGAUUUGCAAAAACUUCCUCCCAUUCUGUGAGUUUUCUUUCUUGAUGUUCUUUGAAGCAUGAAAGUUUAAACUUUUGAUGAUUUCCAGUUCAUGUAUUUUUUCUUUUGUUGUUUAUGUUUUUGGCAUUAUAGCUAAGAAGUCAUUGUCUAUCCAAGGACAUGAAGAUUUACAACUGUUUUCUUUUGAGAGUUUUAUUGUUUUAACUCUUACAUUUCUGUUUCAGAUCGAUUUCAAGUUAAUUUUUGAAUAUGGUAUAAAGUAGGGGUCCAUCUUUGUCCAUUUGCAUGUGGAUGUUGACCCAGAAUCAUUUGCUGAAAAGGCUAUUGUUAGCAGUUCCCUCCCUGCCCCAUAGCAGCCAUGCAUGGGGCAACUUCCAGUGGGGUGAGUAUGAGGUUGUGGCAAGCAGGCCUCAGUGAUGGUGGCAUGAUGACCACACUCUGGGGCUUCAUCUGUAAUGACGUGUUCAGUUUCAACAACAUUAACUUGGAGCCACGUCCAGAAACUUACAAGAUUCCUUUUUAUUUACAAUAUCUUGCCAGUAUUCGGGCAUCUAGUCGAAAGUUAAUGGAUUAUAUUGUGGGUAAAGCAGAAGGUUCAGUAGCUAGAGAAGAAUGGCACAGUUAUGCUACAGCUCUUUCUGGCCCAAAAUUUACAUAUCUUGGUUUGGCUGUUAAACUCAUAGAGUUAUUGGAGGAAAUUUCAGAAAGGCACAAGACAAGGAUGCCUUUGGUUAGCCCUUUAAUAAUUUACUGUACCCCUAGAUAGAACAGGGAAGCAAGUGUCUUAGUCCAUUUAUGUUGCUAUAAAGGAACACCUGAAGCUGGGUAAUUUAUAAAGAAAAGAGGUUUUAUUUGGCUUAUGGUUCUGUAGGCAGUAGAAGAAAUGUGAUGGUGGCAUCUGCUUCUGGGGUGACCUCAGAAAGCUUCCACUAAUGGCAGAAGGCAAGGGAGAGCAGACAUCACAUUGUGUGAGAGAGGAAGAGAGUAGAGAGGGAGUGCUAGGCUCUGUUUAAG